GAACCGCAGCGCCGCCGGCAGAGAACUAUGAGGCGGGCGCCAACGGCCGGGGCGGCGGGGCGGGAGGCGGCGCGGGAGCUCGGCGUUGAGGGGCGGGCCUAGCCCGGGGCGCCCGGCUCGCGUCUUCUGGCCGAGCCGCCGCUCCCGCACACCGUGUGGGGCCGCCGCCCCCGCCUGGCCGUGGGUAACGGAGCGGCCGGGCGGCGACCUGGGGCCCCUCGGUGGGUGCGGGCGAAGUCUCCGCGGCGGGCAUCCCCCGAGGCCGCGCCCUGGCCAUGAUCGACUCGGUGAAGCUGCGCCGCGACAGCGCGGCGGACUUCUUCUCGCACUACGAGUACCUGUGCGCGCUGCAGGACUCGGUGCCGCUGCCCGCCGUGCGCGCCUGCCUCCGGGAGGGCGUGCUGGACUUCAACGCCGACCGCCUCCGCGUCGUGGACUGGGCGCCCCUGCUCAGCACCCUCAAGAUUAAUAAAGACCUGCCCUUGAUCUCCAUCAAGAGCUUCUUCCAGCCGUGGCUUGGGGAAACAGGUUCUGACAUAAAUAAAGUUUGCAGAGGUCGUGUUCCUGCCAUAAGAUUCAAAGAUGUGACCUUCCAGUUAUGUAAAGCUCUUAAAGGCUGUUUAAGUAUAUCAAGUGUGCUAAAGAACCUGGAGCUAAAUGGACUAGUUCUGAGAGAGAGAGAUUUAACUGUUUUAACAAAGGGAUUGAAUAAAUCGGCUUCUUUGGUGCACCUGUCUCUUGCAAAUUGUCCAAUUGGAGAUGGAGGUUUAGAAAUUAUUUGUCAAGGUAUAAAGAGCUCUAUCCCUCUUCAGACAGUCAACUUCACGGGGUGUAAUCUGACAUGGCAGGGAGCAGAUCACAUGGCCAAGAUCUUAAAGUAUCAGACCAUGAAAAGACAUGAAGAAACCUGGGCUGAGAGUCUUCGCUAUAGGAGACCUGAUCUUGACUGUAUGGCUGGCUUAAGGCGUAUCACACUGAAUUGCAACACGCUGAUUGGUGACGUAGGUGCAAGUGCUUUUGCAGACUCACUCAGUGAGGAUUUAUGGCUGAGAGCACUUGACCUGCAACAGUGUGGCCUCACCAAUGAAGGAGCAAAGGCUUUACUGGAGGCCCUUGAAACCAAUAGAACUCUCGUUGUUCUGGAUAUAAGAAAAAAUCCACUCAUCGAUCAUUCUAUGAUGAAAGCAGUUAUCAAAAAAGUUGUCCAGAAUGGAAGGAGUGCUAAGUCAGAGUACCAAUGGAUAACUUCUCCAACAGUGAAGGAAUCAUCGAAAACUGCUAGACAGAAAAAGAAAACUAUAAUUCUAGGAAGUGGUCGAAAAGGAAAAGCUACUAUUAGAAUUGGAUUUGCUUCAAAGAAACCUGUAAGUUGUGGAAACAAACACUCCCUUGGUAAAGAACACUAUGCUCCUAUACCUCUACCACCUGGUGCAUCUGGUUUCUUGCCGUGGCGUACUGCAGAACGUGCAAAAAGGAACAGGGGGUUUCCAUUGAUCAAAACUCGUGAUAUACAUAAUCAGUUGCAGCAACCAGGUUUUCCUGUGACUGUGACAGUAGAGAGUCCUUCAUCCUCAGAAAUCGAAGAGGUUGAUGAUUCUUCAGAAAGUGUUCAUGAAGUGCCUGAGAAAACCAGUUUAAAACAAGAAGCAUUACAGGAAAAACUGGAAGAGUGCCUGAAGCAGUUAAAGGAGGAAAGAGUGAUAAGGCUUAAGGCUGAUAAACGAGUCAGUGAGCUGGAACAUGAAAAUGCUCAGUUAAGAAAUAUAAAUUUCUCUUUGUCUGAAGCCCUUCAUGCACAGUCAUUGACAAGCAUGAUCCUGGAGGAUGAAGGUGUUUUGGGCAGCAUUGAGAAUUCUUUUCAGAGCUGUGCCACAAUGGCUGGUAUAGAUCAGUCAGAUUUUCACUUACUAGGUCAUCCCCAGAUGAAUUCUACUGUUAGCAGUCUACCUAAAGAAGAAAAGAAGGCCCUUGAAGAAGAAAAACCAGAACCAAAGCAGAAUGCCCUAGGAAAAAUUGAAAAUAUCCAAGUUUCUAUUUGUAUGCAGUCAGCUUACAAUGAAGGAACACUAAUGAAGUUUCAGAAAAUUACAGGCGAUGCUAGAAUUCCUUUGUCUGUCGACUCCUUCCCUGUACCAGUUUCUACUCAGGAGGCCUCAGUAAAUUCCAGAGACAGCCUGGGAGUCCCAGCCACCGAGCAGCAGCAGGAGCCUUUCGAAGAUAUCAUUUCUAGAACAAGUUCUUUAGCAGAUGUGAUUUCUGGAACUGGAAGUCAAAGAAAAGAAGAGGAGUUUUCCAGAAAGAGCAAAUCUUCUUCAGAGAAAAUGACCAAAACAGGUGAAUAUACCAAAAAACACUCUGCUAAGAAACAACUUGGAAAAGAUCUGCAUUCCUACUCUGACUCUAUAAACCGGAAAAGCAAAGGAAUCAGGGAAAUUAGUUCUUUGGUUAAUGAACCAAUUAAAAGUGAGUCUUUGAAACAAUACAUUUCUGUCAAGAAAGAAAGUAGUAUAGUGACUGUUUUAUCCAAGACAAAUACAAGUAAAUCCAAUCCACUAGAACAUUCUGAAAGUGAUACUCUUGGAUCUGAUUUUGAUUUUCAAGAAAGCAUCCAUUAUCACGCCUGACAUAGGUCUAAAUCUUUUGAAAUUAUGUUUUGCCUUUAAAUUUUAAUAAAUUUGUGUAUGUUUUUAUUAUGG